AUGGGUAACCUUUGUGGGAAGCAGUCCAAAGACAACUUUGAAGGGCAGGGGCGCACACUGGGGUCUGCGCCUGAACCUGCGACAAGAGCAUCAAUACCCAGCAAUGUCACGGCGAAGCCAAAGGUUGGAGGACCGCCGCGGACUUUAGGAGACAGCAACCGGGCAGAUGACCCCAAGGCUGCCGCUGCCGCUGCAGCAGAAGCCCGCGCAAACAAGUCCACAUCCGGCGAUCUCCAGAAGAGGCUUGAUGCCCAGAAGCGACAGACCAACAACCAGACAUUGCAACAGGCCGCCGACGAGAACCGCAGAGCACGAGAGGCGGACCAAGCUACCGAAACGAGGAACUACAACUAG